GCUGGAGGGAGACACGUUUUCCCCCGACAUGGGCCUCCCUCUUCCUCUUCCGCUCUGAUCACACUUCGCGCCAAGGAGGAUUUUUUUUUAAAGGAGCUGCUGGUGUAAACUAGUCUCAUCACGAUCAAUAAGAAAAACUCAUUUAUUUUGUUGUGGAUUAUGGACAUCAGGCGGUUCUUUGUAUCAAGCAAACCCGCAGCACAGAAACCAUCUCAGGAUGGAACCCUCCACACAGAGAAGGAGUCCACGAAGAAGAAGAAGAAGAAAUCCGGCUCAACAGACGCUGAAGUGAAGAAGAAGAAAACUGCCACCAAGAUCACCAGCACCAAGGUGGAGAAGAAGAAGAAGCAGGACAAUGAUAAAAAGAGAAAGAGGCGUGCUGUCAUUGAGUCAGACUCUGAGGAGGAGGUAGUGGAGCAGAAGCAGAAGGCCCAGAAACCAAACCCUCGUCUUCCUCCGGCUCCUCUUCCUCCUGCCAAGAAAGACCCGGUGCAGUACGUCUCUGAGACAGAUUCAGACAGUGAUAACUUCCUGUCUCUGAAGAAGCCCCAGGGUAAUGGAGUGACCAAACCAGGGAAGGCCCGUCCCGGGACCAAAGAGAGCCACAGGUCCCCCCCGAAACCCACCCUUGCUCCCGCCACAGGGAAAGGAGGGAUAAAGAAGUCUCCUCCAGCCCCCGUCACCCCUAAAUCAGCGCCCCCGCAGACCAAACACACCCCCACCUCUGUCCUGGACUACUUUGGCAGUGGGAGUGUCCAGCGCUCGGACAGGAAACUGGUGGCCAGUACCAAGAGGAAGACUGUAUUUACCCCCCACUACAUCACUGGUUAUAAUGUACAGAACAAGACAUGA